GGCUCGGCUCGGCACAGCACGGCUCGGCUCGGCUCCGCUCCGCUCUCCCGCCAUGGCAUCCAAGUGCCCCAAGUGCGACAAGACCGUGUACUUCGCUGAGAAGGUGUCCUCCCUGGGCAAGGACUGGCACAAGUUCUGCCUGAAGUGUGAGCGCUGCAACAAGACCCUGACCCCGGGUGGGCACGCUGAGCACGAUGGGAAGCCCUUCUGCCACAAGCCCUGCUACGCCACGCUGUUCGGCCCCAAAGGGGUGAACAUUGGCGGUGCCGGGUCCUACAUCUAUGAGAAGCCGCAGAUCGAGGGGCAGACCGCUCCGGGACCCAUUGAGCACCCGGUGAAGGUGGAGGAGAGGAAGGUGAAUGCUGCGCCUCCCAAGGGACCCAGCAAAGCCUCCAGCGUCACCACCUUUACCGGGGAGCCCAACAUGUGCCCGCGCUGUGGCAAGAGAGUCUACUUUGCCGAGAAGGUGACUUCGCUGGGGAAGGACUGGCACCGUCCCUGCUUACGCUGUGAGCGCUGCAGCAAGACGCUGACUCCGGGGGGCCACGCCGAGCACGAUGGACAGCCGUACUGCCACAAGCCCUGCUACGGGAUCCUCUUCGGGCCAAAGGGUGUCAACACCGGAGCUGUGGGAAGCUACAUCUACGACAAAGACCCCGAGGCGAAGAACCAGCCUUAGACGGCGUCCCCCCACCCGCCCGCCCGCUCUGUGCCCCCGUACUAACCUCCUGCUCGCAGCCGGAGCAGACCCUCGCCAGGCUGGCCACGGAGCUGUGCUCUCUCUGCUGUCUCUACUCCGGGCAGGAUGGCCCUGCCCCCCGGGUUAUAUAUCAUAAUCUCUAAUAUAAGCUUCAGUGUUUAAAGGCAAAGGUAGAAGGUGUCUCUGGUGGUUCCCAAUGCGCUCUGCCCUUCCCAGCCCUCCCACCAGCCCCCCAAGUGCAGGAGGCAGCGGGGCGGGUGUGGGGAUGUUACCAUGUGGAGGGGAUGGCGGGUGGCACCCGAGGAGCUGAGAACGGGGAGAAGGUGGUGGCAGGAGUCCCACCAUGGGAGGGUGCUUACCACUGCCCCCCGCAUGGAGGGUGAUGGAGCCAGGCAGGAGUCCCGCGGCACUUGGGGAUGGGGCUGGUAGUCAGGGCACCCAGCCCUGUUCCUCGCCAGCC